AUGAAUGUAUGGAAUAAUUGCAAAUUUGGUUUAAAUAUUACUCAUCAAAACGAGAAAGAACAAAGAAUAAAGCAAAAUUUAGUUAUUCAAAACUAUCAGCAAGGCGAAGAUAUUUUGGGACUAACUGUUCAAUUUUAUCCGUUGAAAGCCUUUUCCCUACGACAAGAGAAUGCCCGUGGAAAAGAAUUCCUGGUUUAUUUCACGAAAAAAAAGAAG